UUCACUCGUGUUCUCGUUAAAAUGGCGGUCAGUGAAAGUAGUUUUGCGUUCAAGUUCUGACAGUUCUUAUAAAUUGUGCUGACUAUGGUUAGUAUAAAUCUUCAAGCUUCGCCUUUCCCCGGUGGUUUUGACCUUCGUCAUCGUCUCAAGUUAACACAAGAAGGUCUAGAAGAGGAUCUGUGGUACGUUACACAACUCUCGAUAAGCCCCAAACAAGAUGUUUUUGCAGCAGGAGGUCCCCAGGGGUCUAUAAAGCUUUUUAACCUGGAUACACUGCUUUACGUUGGAGAUUUUAAAGCUCAUUCUGCAAAGAUUACAGGUUUGGAGUAUUGUCACACUAAUCAGCAUUGCUUCUGGUCAACGUCAAUUGAUACAUCUCUGAGUUAUUGGGACUCAAGGAGAGCAUUCAAAUCACCUGUUCACAGAAUCUUGAGCCCAAACAACUGUUCUUUUAGCUCUUGUGGUUUGAAUGGUAAUGAUGAAAUCAUAGCAGCUGCUACAGAGCCGUAUGGUGAAGAUGUAUGUCUCUAUCUCUGGGAUGUUAGACAACUUAGCACAGAGAAACUUUUACAGAAUCAUAUGGAAGUAUAUACAGACUCACACCACAGUGAAAUUACACAGAUAAGAUUCAGUCCUGUUCAGACUCACCAAAUGGCUUCUGGUUCCACUGAUGGCUUGAUUUGUUUGUUUGAUGUAUCUAAAGGAAGUGAAGAUGAUGCUUUGGACUCUGUGCUAAAUACAGGUUCCUCUGUGAAUCAGAUUGGCUUCUUUGGACCAACAUCCACUGACCUCUAUUGCCUGACCCAUAUAGAGACACUUCAACUGUGGGACACUGUUGAGGGAAAAAUGACUACUGACUUUACCAACCCCAGGGAAGAAAAUGGGAGUAAAGACCGACUUGAUUACUUCAUUGACUGUAUUUACCACCCAGUGAAAGAUGAAUUGUACUUCGUUGGAGGAACUAACAGGUGCUAACAUUAUAAGUUGAAUUGCUAUAUUUAGCAAAUGCAUUCCAUGUUGCCAAGCGUCUGUUCAGUAAUAGAUCACAGAUGAUGUCAAAAUGUGGUAAGAACAAAAACGUGGCACACGAGGCGACAGGCAAGUGUGUAACUGAUGUUCUUGCCACAGUUUGACGUUUCCUGUGAUCUAUUACUGAGCAGGUGCACGAAAACAUGGAAUGUACAGUUCCAACCCUAUUAAACGGCCACCCUCGGGGAAAUGGGUAGUGGCCGCUUAAAGGGGGCUGGCAGCUUAAUAGAGGUAAAAACAAUAGAAAAACCCUCAUCGGUACUUUGACCACUGGACGCCUAAUGAAGGUGGCUGUUUAAUAGGUGGCCACCUAAUAGGGGUUCAACUGUACUUGUUUUACGUCGUAAAGAAACAAACAAACAAAAAAAGAAUGUUAAUGACUUCAUCUAUACGUCUGUCCUCCAAAAGACACAUCAUAAGUUAGAACCAAUCAGUAGUCAUAGUAGUCAUUGUACAGGCAGAGGAGGAUUAAGCUAAAAGAGAAGACCGAAAAUUCAUCAAGUUUGAUUUUUGAACGGAGGUAAGUUACACGAUGGUUGUCCAGAACACAAAGCAACAGAUGAUCCAAUUGGCAGUGGUUGGGGCUUUCAUUUGCUGUGAAAUAGAUCGACUGGGAAUUGACUGCACGAAAUGACCCAGACUGCUUCAUACAGAGUGCGGUAUUCGAUUGAUAUCUCGAAAACUAUUACGUUUUCUCAUCAAUUUUUCUUUUUUUUUUUUUAAUCUCGGUCAACAGUUUGUAACUGUUUUAUUGUUCCGCUGGCCAUUCAGAUCUAGUGAACUUUUUGUGCUCCAACCAAUCAGGUGUAGAAGAUGGACGAAACCAAUUCUGACUUGCCCACACGUCUUUUCCAGCCUCGUGAUGGCUGUCAAUUCUCAUUCUUUUGAAUGUUUCAUCGGGAAAUUUGAGGAUGCAAUGAGUGGCUGAACUUAUUCGACCACGUGUUCUCAAUCUGGUUAUAGUUUUAAAGCGGUUUUCAAUCGCGUGUCGUAAAACCAAAACCAAAGUAAUCACUCUAACCAAUC